AAAAUCAGAGUUCAUAGUUGACAAUGUACAUUUCAGAUGGGUUAUCCCUCAGAAUGAAUAAACCCAUUGUGCUUUUGACCCAAAAGUGAAGCUGAAGGCUAUCAUACAAAAGUCUUGACAUUGAUGAUACUAUAUACUCUGGCCCUAGGAUUUAGGAAGGGCAGACUUUUUUGAGCUCCUGGUGGCUGGCAUGAACAGAAGCUGACCAGAGAGGUAAGAUGUUCUCUAUGAAGGAAUCUUACCCUGGCAUUCUCCAGAAAUCAGCAGGAGCCCACAUGAGUCAGGGAUUGCCCUGAGUAGAAGGUUAGUGUCUCCAAGCCAAUGGCAGAUUAUGAAGUCUAGUGUUUUAGGGUGGAGGCUGAAUCACACUUCCUGGGAGGCCCGUGGACUGUGUGGGAAGGUUUCUGACACUAUUUAUUAUGUUCUUAUUGGUAUUUAUCACUGUGGUCAACUAAGCAUGAUUGCCAACUUGAGUAUUUUUCUCCUCUGUGCAUUUUCUAUAAUUAUUUCCCCUUUAUUCUUUCUGUAUAUUCAAAACAACACUUUGAAGAUGUCAAUCUGUCUAAUUUUGCUAAGGAAAAGCUACAUGAGAGGCUGUAUUGGGUAUUGUGGUAUUGGGCCCAGUUGGAGCAGCCAAACGUGGUAUCAACAUAGAUAGAAACAGUCACAAAAAUAAAAUGGGACAAGGGUAUUGAAUUGAGCUCUUGAUGUUCCUCCCCUCCUGGCUUCUCAGGGCCGUUCUCUUUUCAGGAUUCACAUUUAGAUAUCUGCUCAUUCAAUAAGUCUUCAUUGAGAGUCUCCCAUGUUCCAGGCUAGAUGCAAGGGUAUAACAGUAAAGCAAACAGAAAGGGCCUGUUUUAAUGGAGCUUUUGAUAUAGUGGCAAAUAGAGAACAGUGACCAGGACUUUUCUCUGGAGGGAACUGGAAGCAAUAAGUCCAGGAGGACAUUCCUGAGAAAGUAAUGUUUCCCCUGGAAACACACAGUGUGAGUUGACUUAACGAGGGACAGCUUCUCAAACUAAUCUGCCCUCUAACUGAAAUUCAGAACUGAGGCCAGUUGUACUUUUCCACUAUAGCCCCAUUUUGUUUUCUUUCUUUUCAACACCAAGUCAAAUGUUAUUUGAGUAGCAUGGUAGAAUUCAGAUCAUCUAUUGACCAACUCACAUGAGUGGCCCACCCAAGCUCACACCACAGAGCCAGGAUCUCAUUGGAUAAACUUGACUAUCCCAAGGCUUUGGAUUGCCAUAAACAUGUCUCAUUUUUAUUUUAUUCAGUACAUAAAAAUUUUUAAUUUUUUCAAAGAAAUCAGUAUGAAAGAAUGAAUGACUCCAAACACAAUGUUUUGGAAAUGCUCACUGCAAUUUGGGCAAGUGCCAUAGCCUCAGGACACUUGAGACCAGAGCACCUCUCUGGUGAUUAGAACCUGAGACCACAUGAUUUGCAUUAAAGAGCACAUGGAUGGAGGCAUCCUGAGAUACUUGCUAGACAAACAUCAUCAUAAUUCAGUUUUUAUACCAAUCUGAAUUAAUCAAAUAUUUGGAACACCUUUCCCUUCAGAAGAAUGUGGAUGUGAGCUCUUAUAAUAACUAUAAUAUGAUGACGAUGAUGAUGAUGAUGACAAUAAUGGGAGUAUAAUAUACUGAGUACUUACUACCAUGUGCCAGGCAUGGCUCCAAGAGCUUCACAUGGAUUAAUUCAUGUAACACUCAUAACAACCCUAUGCAGUUGCAUUAAUAUUCUCUUGAAGGAAGUUCUGCUUGGAGAGAUUAAGAAAUCUGCCCAUGGCUGAACACAGUAAGAACAGCCCUCACAUAGUAGACCAUGGUUUGGACUGAGACCCAGGAAGAUAGUGUACAUCGAAUGCUGGUUUUCAAAUGAGGAAUUUAUAACUCACAGAGGCUAAGUGGCUUUGCUGAGACUAUAGAGCUAUCUUAAAGCCCUAUAUAUUUUCCCUGAAACCAGUAAUAAUGAUGGUUUUACUUAUUGCUUAUUGAUAAUUUCUUAUAUGCAUAGCAUGUUGCCUUAAAAUUUUCUCACAGGUGCUCAACUUUUAGAAUAAUCUGGGAAUUAAAAACUAAAUGUCUUUAACCCACUAAUUCAAUCAGGAUUUCAAGGUAUAGGAUAAUUUUUCCGUUUCCCUGGGAUGGAAACACAAAAUGAGUGUGAGAAUUCCUUCCUAGAUUCUUGUAGGCAAGAAAACUGAGAGUCUGGGGAAGGAGUGGAAAUAGUAGAAAGAUAACCAAUGAUUCCCAGGGUUUAAGGUUGGUGGGGAGGGUUGAACAGGUAGAGUGCAGACAGGUUUUAGGGCAGUGAGCAGAUUUUGUACGGUCCUAUCAAGCUAGAUACAUGACAGCAUACAUUUGUCUGAACCUAUAGAAUGUACAAUGUUGAAAAUGAACUCUGACAUAAACUAUAGGCUACUAGUGAUAACAGUGUGUCCACAGAGUGACACCAUUGUACCAUUGUGGUAGAGGAUAUUGACAACAGGCAGGCUGUGUGUAUGGGAGUAUGGAUAAGAGCUAGAGGGAAAACCUUUGUCCUUUCCUCUUAAUUUUGUGGUACACCUAGAACACUUUUUUUUAAAAAAAAGUCUUUAAAAAUGUAAAAAGGAGAGACUUGAAAAGUCAAACAUCACAGGAAAAAAAGGCAAAAUCAUGAAAAAAUGUGAUCAAUCAUUACCAGAGAGGUUGAAAAGACACGCUCCAAUUGCUUUAAAAAUUCACAGAACCCAGGUCUCCUCAAAAUAGUUUUGCAAAGUACAUGGAGAAUUCCAGGCAGUAAUGUGAAACAUAAGUCCCACUGAUGCCACUGAACAUGCUUCAGCUGGCUAAACCAAAGGAGCUUGACAUGAGCUCAAGGCUCUGCACAGCUCAACAGGAGAGCGAGCGCAGUGGAGAUGGAGACGCGGUGGCUAAGCUGGCCCAGAUGUGUACAUGUUCUGCUCCAUUAAAAUAAUUUGGAUGAGAGGCAAAGUACAUUUGGCACACAAAGAGGAAGUCAAGGGAGGGGUGGGACAGGACACUCAUCCUCAUUGCAGGCCUCCCUCCUCCUCAUGCUUACCUCCCCUCCAUUUUUCCUUGAUACAGUUUCUGGAGCCAAGUCUCUACAAUGAAAAUAUGACCAUCGACCUUCCAGCCUCCCUAGAACCAAACCAUUUUGCCAUAAGUGUCAAUUUUUGAACUCUGUCUGGGAGUUAACAACACUCUUGGGUGACUUGGUGUGAAACUGACCAAGUAUGCACAGUGCUUAGUGUGCAAGGCUUAUGGGAAGCUGCAGAGAACAGGAAGAUAACCCAGUGAUCAUCUCUGAAACAGGUCACAUGAGGAAAGGUGGGUGAAGGAAGUGAUAAUGUCUGGGCAGAAGAAAGAUAAGAUCCUAAGCUUUCUACAUCUGAAGAGCUAGGAUGGGAUUCUCCAUGAAAUUAGUAUGGCAGCUACAAUAUAAAAGACUGUGUCUCAGUGCAGGAAGACUUUAACAUCUAGGUGUGUCCUAAAGUUAAGAUGUGGUGGCAAACUUCCUAACACUGAAUCUGAAUGACUUUUUGGUAGGGCUGUUGAGGAGGGGAUUCAACCAUGAUUUGGUUGAACUCAAUGUUUUACAUUGCCUCUUUCAGUUUAGAGUCUGUUUUUUAGAAUAUAUUUAUUUUUAUUUUAUGUGUAUAUGUGUUGUGUCUGCAUGUAUGUCUGUUAAUAAGCAAGCAGUGCCCAGGGAGGGUACUCAGCCCAAUGUGCUGUCAUUCCUUCCCCAGAACUCAUUCUGUGGACCUACAUGCAAACAUAUUGGAGAGUGUGUUAAUCCUGUUGAUACCCACUUUUCAUUGUCUGAUUUUGUUCUUUUCUUGAGGUACUUGGGAAAUGGGACUGCUACAUUAUAACACUUCAUACCAUCUUGAGUAGGUGAUGUGUUUGAACCUGGGGCUGCCUUGAUGAAGGCAUCAGAUGUCCUGGAGCAAGAGUUAUAGAUAGUUGUGAGCCACCAUGUGGCUGUUAGGGAUCGAACCCAGGUCUUCUGGGUUCAAGGAAAAGAUUUUCUGAGUUUUUAUGGGGGAGUUGUGGCAGGAGAGUAAGGGUACAGUGCAGAGUAGGUUCUCCUUGUGUCUGUGUCAAUAGACUGGAUGUGUGAGUUAUUAGACAUGGGGACUGGCUGACUUUCUGUUGCUAUCCACAGUGUCUCAGCCCACUGUGAUUGCCAUUCCUUCUCCAGAACCCAUUCAGUGGACCUACAGAAGUGUUGAAGAGUGCAUCUACCCUGUUGGUGUUCAUUCUUCAUUCUAUGAUUUCUUUCCUUUUGGAGUUCUUGGGAACUGGAACUGCUGCUUUAUAAUGCUUUACACCGACGUUGUAGGUUAGGUGAGGGUGCUGCGAUUUAACUUAUUCAUCUAUGUGUCUGUCUUCAGUGUGGGAUCAGAGUUUCCCAGUAGGAUUAACGAGAGUGGGAAAGAGAGUUGGAUUGAGUUCCAACUCUGAAAAGAACAAACAGGUUUUCAAGAAAAACUUUUACGAGGCUCAAUCGUGCUAUCGUGUUGUCUUUAAUAUGUUUUUACCCUAAGAGUCUAAUUUCCAGGCUUGUGCCAUGUGUCUGGGCUGCUGAAAUUACUAGCUUUGAUUUGCCUUCAAAGAGCUCUCAUUCUAGUUCUUAUUCUAGCUCUCAUUCAGGAGGGAUAGACGGGAAAUUUUGGGGGAGAGGAGCCUGUCACCCCAGAAUGUAGUUGAAGUUUUCCUGUGUCCACCCGGCUCCGGCAUCCUUGCAUUUCUCAGACCCAAAUAAACAUACGCAGGCUAAUAUUAUUUAAAACUGCUUGGCCAUUAGCUUAGGCCUACCACUAACUAGCUUUUAUACUUAAACUCAGCCCAUUUCUGUUAAUAUAGAUGUUACCACGUAUUCCGUGGUUUUACCUGUGUGCUUAUCACAUGCUGCUCCCUGGACGGCAGGCUGGCGUCUCCUCACUCAGUCUUCCUCUUCCCACAAUUCUCUUCUCUGUUUGUCCUGCCUAUACUUCCUGCCUGGAUACUGGCCAAUCAGCAUUUUAUUUUUACAGAGUGAUAUCCACAGCACCAGAAUCUAGUUGAAACCCUUUGCCAGCAGAGAAAUAAAAAGUGUAGCACAAUUAAUUAUUGGCUAAGGCCUUUCUCCCUUUGUAGGUAUAAGCAAUGUAAUUUCUAAGACUCUUCACCAGAUACUCUGUAGACAGAGAAAGGACAUGUACUAAACUCCUCGUGCAACCCUGGUGGCUUCUGGUUUUACCUUAUCAGUUUAUAAUUCCAUCCAAGGCAUCUGCAGGGCCUUUUUAUAAUUUCAUUUAUCAUGAUAGAGAAAAGAAGAAACUGUUUCCUAGCAACCUUUUUAGAUAUAACUCAAGAGUUAACAAAAAUGGUAGAUAUGGCUAAUGCUAAAACAAUUGAGACUCCUUGAGGAAGCUCCCACCUACACUUGGUAUGUGUUACCUUUUGUGAUUGUCUUGCAAAGAAGCCCACACCCAAGCUCUUGGGUGAGUCUUACUUUCUGUCCUUGAGUACCUCUCUUUCUCCUAACCCUUACACUUAAGCCUACAUUAAAAUAUCUUUAAUAAAAUAUCCAGCUCUGCUUCAUAAAAGAGUCCUAAAAUUCUUUUCCGCAUGGAAGCCACAAAUCCAGGCUCGAGAUCCCUAAAGCAUUAAAGGAACUCCUCUGUUGGUAAGGGGGAGGGUGUGGAGCUGUGUCACUGUCCUCGCCUCUCUGACACGGUGGGGGAAUAAAAAUUAGUGGAAUAAAAAUAGAAAGAGGCUAGUCCGUGCUUGAAAAGUAUGGAUGAUUAGGGAAGGAGAAGACAUUUGAAUUGGUUUUCGGGGAUAGCUGAUGUUGCCAUGCAUUCAGUGGCGAAACACUUCCCAGGAUGAGGGUCAGCAGCAAGCACAAGGCUGGGGUCAUGCUAUGUUGGGAAAUGUCAACUAGUUUCUGUGUGCUCUGUAAUGAACUGUGUCCAGGAAAGUGGUGAGUGAUGACACUGCCAACAUAUUUUGGGGCAACCCUCACCCAGAUACAGAGACUUGCCAGAGUGCUACCUGAAGUGAUUUUUGAAAACAUGGUCUGGAGUUUCAUGGACUGUAAUUAAAUAUGGCCAAUUUUGCAUGCUCCAUCUUGUGAGUUAUCAGAAAUCUUGAUACAUAUUACUUUCCCCUGACCACCUUAGGAAUGUAUUUCUAAAAUAACCCAUUUAAGGUCAGUCAGAAUAAAUCAUAAUCAGGAGGGCGUAUUUUCUGGAACAACUCAAGAGUGUAAGACAGGAUGAAAAUAUGCAUCAAGAUGACUUGAAGUCAUGUCCAGUUGACUAAAUAUUACCAAUGGGUGGCCUAAGGGAAUUUUAGCUGACCUGCACUGCUUGCAUUUGGGAGCCACAUGGAGUUCAAUUGCAUAAAGAACUCCUCAAAUCACAAUGAAGUGAAUUUGGGAAUUUUGCUUUAUCUCCAUUAUGAGUGUAGCUGAUUUCAAGUGUGAGCACAAUGCUUUAAGUUUAAAAUGGUUAAAAUGCUUUUAUUAUAAAGUAAUGCCUUAUUGUGGGGAAUAGCAACAAGGGUGGGUAUAUGGGUGUGGAAUAUGAGCAUAGAAGAGUAUAAGAGAAAACAAAAUCUCCCGCCUAAGCAAGAAACUGAGUCACAAUGGUACACUUGUUUUGUUGUUACAGGUUAAGCUCAUUAAAAUCAGUUUUUAAAAAACAUAACAUUUCAUCAGAUCUACCAUUUCCCUUAUGCAUGCCUCUAUGAGAAUACUUUUCUCACUCUUACCUCAUUAUUAAACUUUCUUAAUGCUUUCAGACCAAAAUGUUAAGGUUACAAGCAGUGGAAAGGUGUGUAAUUCAGACAGUAAUUUAAUAUUGACAUAGGAUCCAACUGAGAUUCAAGUUCUGAUAUAUCAAUAAAUACUACAAGGUCCUAGGUAUAUACCAUCCUUUCUCUAGACCACCAAGUCUACAAUAUAACACAGAGGAUGUACCCAAUAAAUAUUGGUUGUUUGAAUAAAUGAAUGAAUGGGUGUAUGUGCAAUUUUAUUUAUUCUUCCCCCAAAAGUCAGAGUCUCUCUCUGACAAAUGCCCUAUUUGGGCUAGACAACUGGGAUGUAAAUAACUCGAUUUUAUGCUAUGUAUACCCCCUGGGAAGCUGCACGUGCAGAGAGCCCGGUGGUCAACCUUCUUUCACUGGUAGAUGUGACUUCUCUGUGGGAACCAACUUUUCCAGGUUCUCUUGUCUGCUUGUGAUAUUAGAGACAGAGAAGGGACUGCUGUUCUGCCUAGUUCUGCUCCUGAACUCUCGAAAGUCCUCCAGAAAAUCCAGCCUCUGCCCUAGCUCCGCAGAAGCCCCCGUCCCUGCUUCACACCAGAGGCAGCAUGCAGUAGAAGCGAUUCCUCAAUGGAGAAACACCAGAGGAAAGAAGGGUGCCACUGCUCCCUUAGGAUGAGACAAACCCUCUGCCACCACAGCAGAGCAGCUGGUCCAACUGGAAACCUCAGAUAAGUCCAGUUCUGGCCAAAACUGGUUUGGCAGCUCUGGAGAAAUGUUUCUGGCUGACUGACCCUCACAGCAGGUGCUGGUAGUUUUGCAAAAAGAAAGAGAAAAGGGAGGAAAGAGGGUGGGGGUAGACUAAAGGAACUAAAGAGGGUGGCUAAAUUCAAAACUCAACUUCGCCACACUUGCAAGUUAACACUUGGGAAUUCACAUAAAAUUACUACCAGCCCACCAGCCUCAGUCCUUCCCUCACCCUCGCGUCCUUUGCAAAAAUAGUUUUGUUGCAAUGCAGUUUGUUCUGCAGCGCGAUUGUUGAAACUACUGAAUUCGGCCGAAAGCGACUUUUAGCGGUGUUUCCCCCACCCUGCAAUGCUACUGUUACUAUUAAGGCGAUUGAAUCUCCGCUCUUUCCCCUCCUUACUGCAAUCGCACUCCGGCUGUGAUUGCUCGGGUCUGACUUCGCAAGUGGCGGUGCGCUUCCAAACCCCCUCAUCCGCCCCUCGCCCGGCUCUCCCCACUCCCUCCUUUUCCGCGCCCAGGCGAGAGCAGCCGAUUGGCAGAGCGGGGCUUUCAGGAACAAUAACAGUGGGGGGAGUCGGGGCCCCGGGGAGCCUCCCCGCCCCCGGCCCGGCUGCGGCUCACGCCCCCCGCGGGGUCCCCACCUCCGCGCCGCCCCGCGGGCUGACCGGCUCCCGGGCCCGCCCCCGGCGCCCACCAUGUACGCCUUUGUGCGGUUCCUGGAGGACAACGUCUGCUACGCGCUGCCCGUGUCGUGCGUGCGCGACUUCAGCCCCCGCUCGCGACUGGAUUUUGACAACCAGAAGGUGUACGCAGUGUACCGGGGCCCGGAGGAGCUGGGCGCCGAGCCCGAGAGCCCCCCGCGUGCUCCCCGGGACUGGGGCACGCUGUUGCUCCACAAGGCCCAGAUCCUGGCUCUGGCAGAAGACAAAUCUGAUCUUGAGAACAGUGUGAUGCAGAAGAAAAUAAAAAUCCCCAAACUUUCUCUCAGUCACCUAGAAGACGAUGGGGAGGUUAAAGACUACGGGGAGGAAGACUUACAGCUCAGACACAUCAAGAGACCGGAGGGGCGAAAGCCUAGUGAAGCGGCCCACAAGAGUAUCGAGGCAGUGGUGGCCCGGCUAGAGAAACAGAACGGCCUGAGCCUGGGUCACAGCACUUGUCCGGAAGAGGUCUUUGUGGAGGCCUCACCGGGCACAGAGGACAUGGACAGCCUGGAGGAUGCUGUUGUGCCCCGGGCUCUGUAUGAGGAGCUGCUGCGAAACUACCAGCAGCAACAGGAGGAGAUGCGCCACCUCCAGCAGGAGCUGGAGCGGACUCGGAGGCAGCUGGUCCAGCAGGCCAAGAAGCUCAAGGAGUACGGGGCACUGGUGUCUGAAAUGAAGGAGCUCCGAGACCUCAACAGGAGACUCCAAGAUGUGCUGCUCCUGCGACUUGGCAGCGGUCCCGCCAUUGACUUGGAAAAAGUAAAGUCAGAAUGUCUCGAGCCCGAGCCGGAGUUACGGAGCACUUUCAGUGAGGAAGCAAAUACGUCGUCCUAUUACCCCGCUCCUGCACCUGUCAUGGACAAGUAUAUCCUAGACAAUGGCAAGGUUCAUCUGGGAAGUGGGAUUUGGGUUGAUGAGGAGAAAUGGCACCAGCUACAAGUAACUCAAGGAGACUCUAAGUACACGAAGAACUUGGCAGUCAUGAUCUGGGGAACAGAUGUUCUGAAAAACAGAAGUGUCACGGGAGUCGCCACAAAAAAAAAGAAGGAUGCAAUCCCGAAGCCACCCCUCUCUCCUCACAAGCUCAGCAUCGUCAGAGAAAAUCUCCGAGAAGGAACAGAAAAGAAGGUGAUAUUCAUCACAGGACGGGUCCACCCAGGGGAAACGCCAUCUUCUUUUGUGUGCCAAGGGAUCAUUGACUUCCUUGUAAGUCAGCAUCCAAUUGCCCGUGUCCUGCGAGAACACUUGGUCUUCAAGAUUGCACCAAUGCUCAACCCUGAUGGAGUCUACCUAGGCAACUACAGGUGCUCUCUGAUGGGCUUUGACCUGAAUCGUCACUGGCUGGAUCCCUCUCCAUGGGCCCAUCCCACCCUGCAUGGAGUGAAGCAACUCAUCAUCAAGAUGUACAAUGACCCAAAAACAAGCCUGGAGUUCUAUAUUGACAUCCACGCCCACUCCACCAUGAUGAAUGGCUUCAUGUAUGGCAAUAUCUUUGAGGAUGAGGAACGGUUCCAAAGGCAAUCCAUUUUUCCAAAGCUCCUUUGCCAGAAUGCGGAGGACUUCUCCUAUACUAGCACAUCCUUCAACCGGGAUGCUGUGAAAGCAGGAACUGGCCGUCGCUUCCUUGGUGGACUCCUGGAUCACACUUCAUACUGCUAUACCCUGGAGGUUUCCUUCUACAGUUACAUCAUUGGGGGUACUACAGCUGCUGUGCCCUACACUGAAGAAGCCUAUAUGAAACUGGGGAGGAAUGUGGCGAGAACAUUUCUAGACUAUUACCGGCUGAAUUCCUUGGUUGAAAGGAUGACAGUGCCCAUGCCAAGGCUUCGGAAAGAAACCCCCACUCCUUACAAGCACCCAUCCCUGCGGGGCUCAGCCAGCAAUGUCCCCAACAGCAAAGGGGACAAGAAGAGCUCACUGAACCACAAAGACUCUUCAACCCCCUUUUAAAGACAUGGCACCUGGAGGCAUUGUGGGGGCAGGAACACGAAUUUCCUGUUGGGGCACGAAAUUAAGUGCCAUUCCCUGGUUUCCAAGACAGGGGUUUUCAGCAUUGUGCACAUGCUAGUGAAAGGGAGGAGGGGAAAGAGAGACAUUUUAUCAUUGAUUUCUUUUCCUUUUACCAAUGGGAAAUCAAUUGUGAGCCUUCAACUCGGAGGCUGAGUGGAGUAGGAGAGUGGAGCCAGGCAAGCAUAGGAAAACGUACACACCUCUCUCAAGAGGUCCCACAGGUCUCAGGUCUCUGUAAGCCCUUCUUCACCUUUUAAAGUUGUAUGGUCACUGCACAGGUGACUUUACUUAAAACAGGUUGCAAAUGUCUCUAGCUUAGGAAUGCCGUCUCCAUAUUUUCUAAUCCAAAGCAACAGCAACACACAUACAAGCCAAAGGCAAACAGGCUGUUGUGAACAAUGGGGUAGAAUUUUUGAAAUCAGAGUGGUCUUAGAAACAUGGUCACUGUAUCUAUAAGCCUCAUGCUCUCUCACUCCCUCAAGCCCCAGCAUGCAACUUCAGAAAGCUGUUCUGAAAGCCAUCUUUCAACUUCCUGGGUAGUUUAAUCGAAACUCUAGCUCCCCAGACAAAAAAACAUUGCUCAUUCAUUCCGAAGAACUACUGUGGAUAAGGUCUGCAGUCCCUGGUGACAAGAAUCAAGGGAGGUGAGUGCUGAUAAUCUGCACUGAGGACAGGGUGACUACCAGGUAAGGGGGCUGCAAGAGACAAAGGACUGCACCUUAGGCAGGUAGGAGUGAUAAAGAAAACGACAGCAGAAGCAAUUCCUGAGGCGAAGCAAGCCAAAUACUGUGCAUUUUCCUGACGCUUAAAGGGCCUUUGUGUGAUGAAUGGGUCCAGGGGAGUCUACUCCCUUCCUGUCUGUGGAAGCAGCAGGCUGAGUCACCAUGACAGCCUGCUAAUUAAAAUGACCUCCCGGAAAUGAGGAUUAGGAGAUAGGGAGAGGGAGGGAGGCUCCAGGGAGACGGGGCCUUCAGCACACAAUUCCAGUUAAACAUUCUUUGCAUUUGCGACGGCGAUUUUCAAAGUUUAUUGCAAAAAAUCGAGAGCAAAGCUUGUUUUCUCUUUUACAUGUUGGCUUUCAGAAAUGGUAACAAAGAGCCAUAUGUUAGUUUGCUAUGAAUGUUCCAUUGUAUAUAUAGCAACCUUCCUGGGUUUUUAUUGUCCAAAUAAAGUGGUUUGUGCAGCA